AUGGAGAUGAAGAAGAAGGCGCUGUUGGUGGAAUUCCCGAUGAAGAAGAAGAGGAAGACUUUCAUCGGAAGUAGCUAUGAGUAUACCACCGAAGCGUGCGGAUUUUCUAACCUGGACAAUUUGAAGCGCCUGCAGGACAGCCUAAAAGGGGAUGCUCUAGAAGCCGUGAGAAGUCGGCUGGUCCUCCCUGACUCGGUUCCCGAUGUAAUCCGCGAUCUCCGGAAUUUGUUCGGGAAGCCUGAGAAGCUUUUAAAAACGCUGCUGAUGAAAGUGCGCCAGGCUAAGUCACCAAGAGCUGACUGUUUGGAAACAUUCAUACAUUUCGGUAUAACGGUCAAGCAGCUCUCCGACCACUUAGAAGCUGCAAAGCUCGUGGAUCAUUUGAGCAACCCCAUGUUGGUCCAAGAGCUUGUGGAUAAGCUUCCUCCAAACUACAAGCUGGAUUGGGUCCGCUACAAACGGAACCAAGUCGGCACUCCGUUAAGAAUCUUUACCGAAUUCAUGAACGGUAUUGUUUCCGACGUCUCCGAGGUCAGUGAAUUCUCCAUUCACGAUCUUCACGAUCACAGUGAACGUUCCGCGCGAGCGAAGCCGAACAAGAAGGAGUUUGUCCACGUCCACAACUCCUUCCCCGGCAAAAGGGAAACGACGCCGAAUGUGAAAAGUGAAAAGCCGUGCUGGGUGUGCAAGAGAACUGAUCACAAGAUCAGAUUUUGCGACGACUUCCGAAAAUUAAACAUCGCAGAACGUCUGAAGCUGGUCGAAAGGUUCAAGUUGUGUGAACUGUGCCUUAAUAACCAUGGAAAGAGCCGCUGCAACUUUAAGAUUUGCUGCAACGUAGGAGACUGUCAAGGAGGACAUAAUCCGCUUUUGCACCGUUCCGAAGAAAUUGUUCAGAUAAUGGAGGUCCAGUGUAAUGCUCACAACCGCCUAAAUCGCUCCGUGUUGUUUAGGAUGCUACCGGUUACGCUUCACGUCGGGAACCGAGGACUGGAUAUCCUUGCAUUUUUGGAUGAGUCCUCCAUUACCCUGGUAGAGGAUUCUAUCGCCAACAAGUUGAAGAUCAACGGAACAGCUGAGCCGUUAGUCGUCACAUGGACUGGAAACAUGAAGCGCUUCGAGAACGGUUCUCGGAAAGUGGAUCUGAUGGUAUCCGCUAGAGGCUCAACCGAGCAGUUCCCGCUACGAGAAGCUCGCACCGUUGCGGAACUCAUUUUGCCUAAACAGGAGAUGCAAUUACGCGAGAUCGCGGCGCGCUAUCCCCACUUACAGGGCCUGCCGGUUGAGGAUUAUGACGCAGAAGAACCGAAAAUGAUGAUCGGGUUGGACAACAUGCACGUAUUCGCUCCGCUCGAAUCUAGGGUUGGUAGACCGGGCGAGCCUAUCGGUGUUUGGUCGCAAUUAGGCUGGACAGUCUACGGACAGGAGAACCAGUGUUCGUUGUCGAGUGCGGUGGUGAAUUUUCACGCAGUGGAGCCAGUGAGCAACCAGGCGUUGCACGAUAUGAUUCGCAGCCAAUACGUGAUGGAGGAAGCAGGAGUUACACCGGCCGGAAUUCCGGAGUCGGCCGAAAACGAACGUGCUCGUGAGAUUCUUCAAAGUACGACGGUUCGUGUUGGAUGUCGUUUCGAGACAGGGCUCCUGUGGCGCGAUGACGAGCGGAAGUUCCCUGACAGCUAUCCGAUGGCUGUGCGCAGGAUGCAAGCAUUGGAGAGGAAGCUGUUAAAAAACGAGGCGUUGCGGCAGAAUGUGGAGAAGCAGAUCACCGACUAUCAAUUGAAGGGUUACGCGCACAUUGCUACGCCGGCUGAACUCGUCGACACCGAUCCAGCAGCAGUGUGGUAUCUACCCCUUAACGUUGUGACGAACCCUAAGAAGCCGGGAAAGGUGCGCCUUGUGUGGGACGCAGCUGCAACAGUAAACGGCGUUUCCCUGAAUACAGAACUGUUAAAGGGGCCUGACAUGCUGACGUCUCUCCCGGCAGUAAUUCAACGCUUUCGUGAGCGUAGCGUCGGGUUUGGUGGUGACAUACAGGAAAUGUACCACCAGAUCCGGAUCAGAGCGGAGGAUAAACAGGCGCAACGGUUCCUGUAUCGUCCUUCAAGUAACGACAAACCGCAGGUGUUCGUCAUGGACGUGGCGACUUUCGGAUCGACUUGCUCACCUUGCUCUGAGCAAUUCAUCAAGAACUUAAACGCAGAGGAGCACGCGGAGCAGUAUCCGGAAGCGGCGGUAGCGAUUGUGAAAAACCAUUACGUCGACGACUAUUUCGACAGUCUAGACACGGCUGAGGAGGCAAUUAGGAGAGCCCAGGAGGUGAAACCUAUCCAUUCCCGUGGCGGUUUCAACAUCCGAAACUGGGUCUCAAAUUCGUCGGAGUUUCUGCGAGAGAUGGGAGAGCAACGCGACAGCAGCGCGGUGCACUUUCACCAGGACAAGCAAGCCGAAACAGAACAGGUGCUCGGGAUCGUCUGGGAUUCUGAAGAAGAUGAGUUUUCCUUCUCCACCAUCAUCAAUGCAGGAUUCCAGUUGAAGAUCUCAGGUGAAGUGCGGCCAACGAAGAGGAACGUUCUCAGCUGCGUCAUGGCGAUGUUCGAUCCGUUGGGCCUACACUCAAAAUAA